CCUCACCUGCUUUGCGCAUGUAGUUGGUUGACUAUUCACUCAAAAAAAAAUUCUCAACAAUAUAAUACGAAUAGGCGAGUAUCGACUACGCUGAAGAAGGUUCGAAAUCGAUAGAGGGAUUUAUUCCCUUUUGCAAUCCGAGUUUCUAUUUCGUAUCAACGAAGGAAAGUAGAAUAAUCGAUUCUUUCUGGUCCCCUUUCCGCCUUGAUUGAAGGAUUCUCAAGGCUGCAUGGCUGAUGUAAUUAAUGUUGCCUAAAUGGAAGAGAUCAUUGGCUUGUGGAGUUUCUGCAUACAUAAAAAAUUUUCUGGGGAUUGAUGCCAUAUUAUUCAAUGGUAAACAUCAAAGUUCACCGCGGUCCAGUUAUAGCUUAUAGGCCAAUACAGCCAUCUGACUUGGUGAUUCUUGAGAGAACUCAUGGCGAACUGUUUCCCAUAAGGUAUGAAACUGAAUUCUUCCAGAAUGUUGUCAAUGGCCAAGAUAUUGUGUCGUGGGGAGCUGUUGAUCGAAGUCGCCCCGAUGAACAGAGUGACGAACUUGUUGGAUUUGUUACUGUAAGAAUUAUUCCAGCCAAAGACAGUGAGAUAGAAGAUUUAUUGAGCUUUGACGCAUCAAAAACAGACCAAACAUUAGUAUACAUCCUAACAUUGGGAGUCAUCGAUUCCUACAGGAAUCUGGGAAUUGCCGGUUCACUAAUCCAUGAGGUCACUAAGUAUGCAUCAAAUCUUUCAAGUUGCCGUGCUGUUUAUCUACACGUGAUUUCAUACAAUAACCCAGCCAUACAUUUGUACAAGAAGAUGUCAUUUCAGUGUGUAAGACGGCUGUACAAUUUUUAUUACAUCAACGGGCAGCAUUUUGAUUCCUAUCUGUUUGUCUACUACGUGAAUGGCGGUCGAUCUCCCUGCUCUCCGCUAGAGCUCGUCACAUUGUUUGUCACUUAUGCAAGGAGUGGAUUCAAAUCACUGGCUGCAAAGCUGUGGAAAAAUGAUGAGAGGAAGAUCUCCAAGUGGCCCAAGUAUAAAGAAUCGGGUUACCUUCUUCCUACAGUUCAGUCCAAAAGAAUCCUCACCAACGAGAGCUCUGGGUGCCAGUUCGUCUGAAUCCAUUGGCUCAGACAAUGGGUACUUAAGAACCCGUCUCAUAUUCCUUUGUCCGCAUAAUAACUUAAUUAUAAGCAAUGUUGUAUUGUUAAAAGUCUCGGCUAUGUGUCUGUGGCCGUUGCGACACGUGUGGGAGUCUUGUAUGUGCGGAUGGAUACCAUGUAUUUUCUCGAAAUGAGUAUAGAUGGGUAUAUUUCUAACUA